AUGCUCAACAACGCUGUCUUCGCUUUCCUCCAGCUCUGGCUUGCUACGCUCGCCUUUGCUGCGCCUAUCGCUGACGAGGUCACCGUCACUGGCGCUGAGCCCUGGCACUACGGAACUGGUGGUGGAAUUAUCGGUUUCAUCGUUUUGGUUCUCGAUAUCCUUGUCUGGAUCGAGGUCCUCCAGUCGAACCGCCCCGUUUCGCACAAGAUCCUCUGGUGCCUCGUUGUCUUCCUCUUCCCCAUCGUCGGAAUGAUCGUCUAUUACCUCUUCUCCAACCGCAAGUCUCACAUGCGCAACUCUGACUACACCCCCGUCCCCUAA